CUCUUUCAAACCCUCUUCUUCUCUCUCUCUCCUUAUCUUCAUCAACCUCCCCCCCCCCCCAAAAAAAAAGAAAAAAAAGAAAAAAAAAUAUGGGUGUUGUUCUUCUUCCAGAUCUCGGAACAGAGAUUUUGAUUCCAGUUUGUGGGGUAAUUGGAAUCGUUUUCUCUUUAGUUCAAUGGUACAUCGUUUCACAGGUUAAGCUUUCCCCUGAUUCUGGGCGUAGUAACAAUAAUAAGAAUGGAUACUCUGAGAGUUUGAUUGAAGAAGAAGAAGGUCUCAAUGACCCUGGCGUUGUUGCAAAAUGUGCUGAGAUUCAGAGUGCUAUUUCUGAAGGAGCAACCUCCUUCCUGUACACUAUGUAUUUUUAUGUUGGCAUCUUCAUGGUUGCUUUUGCUGUGCUGAUAUUCGUUUUCCUCGGAUCUGUGGAGGGUUUCAGUACAAAAAACCAGGAGUGCACCUAUGACAAAUCCAAGACCUGCAAACCUGCACUUGCCACUGCUGUCUUCAGCACAGUGUCAUUUUUGCUUGGUGCUAUCACCUCUUUGGCUUCUGGUUUCCUUGGGAUGAAGAUUGCAACAUAUGCAAAUGCACGAACAACACUAGAGGCCAGAAAGAGUGUUGGUAAAGCUUUUAUUGUAGCAUUCAGGUCUGGAGCUGUCAUGGGCUUCCUGCUUGCAGCAAAUGGUCUUUUGGUGCUUUACAUUACCAUCCUGCUCUUUAAGCUGUACUAUGGUGAUGACUGGGAAGGUCUUUUUGAGGCUAUCACUGGUUACGGUCUUGGAGGAUCUUCCAUGGCCCUCUUUGGCAGAGUUGGUGGAGGUAUUUACACCAAAGCUGCUGAUGUUGGUGCUGAUCUUGUCGGUAAAAUUGAAAGAAACAUCCCCGAGGAUGACCCUAGGAAUCCAGCUGUUAUUGCUGACAAUGUCGGUGAUAAUGUUGGUGAUAUUGCUGGUAUGGGUUCCGAUCUCUUUGGAUCCUUUGCUGAGUCAUCCUGUGCUGCUCUUGUCGUGGCAUCAAUUUCCUCAUUUGGGAUCAAUCAUGAAUUUACUGCAAUAUUGUACCCACUAUUGAUCAGCUCUGUUGGUAUUGUUAUCUGUUUGAUCACAACUUUAUUUGCAACUGAUUUCUUCGAGAUCAAGGCUGUUAAGGAGAUUGAGCCUGCACUCAAGAAGCAACUAGUCAUCUCCACUGGUCUAAUGACUGUUGCAGUUGCAGUUAUUUCAUGGGUUGCCCUUCCUUCUUCAUUUACCAUUUUUGAUUUUGGAACUCAGAGGGAGGUAAAGAACUGGCAAUUGUUCUUAUGUGUUGCUGUUGGUUUGUGGGCUGGUCUCAUCAUUGGAUUUGUAACUGAAUACUAUACUAGCAAUGCAUACAGCCCUGUGCAAGAUGUUGCUGAUUCAUGCCGAACUGGAGCUGCCACAAAUGUUAUUUUUGGCCUGGCUUUGGGUUACAAAUCAGUCAUUAUCCCCAUAUUUGCCAUUGCUGUCAGUAUAUUUGUUAGUUUUAGCUUUGCAGCCAUGUAUGGAAUUGCUGUGGCUGCCCUUGGUAUGCUGAGCACCAUUGCCACUGGAUUAGCUAUCGAUGCAUAUGGCCCCAUCAGUGACAAUGCUGGAGGUAUUGCUGAGAUGGCUGGUAUGAGUCACAGCAUCCGUGAGAGAACCGACGCUCUUGAUGCUGCUGGAAACACAACUGCUGCUAUUGGAAAGGGUUUUGCCAUUGGUUCUGCAGCUCUUGUUUCUCUAGCCCUUUUUGGUGCUUUUGUGAGCCGUGCUGCUAUCUCAACUGUUGAUGUCUUGACCCCAAAAGUCUUCAUUGGCCUUCUUGUGGGAGCCAUGCUUCCGUACUGGUUCUCUGCCAUGACCAUGAAGAGUGUGGGAAGUGCAGCUUUGAAGAUGGUUGAAGAGGUCCGUAGGCAAUUUAAUGAAAUCCCUGGCUUGAUGGAAGGUACUACCAAGCCUGACUACGCUAACUGUGUCAAGAUCUCCACUGAUGCUUCCAUCAAGGAGAUGAUCCCCCCUGGUGCUCUAGUCAUGCUGACACCAUUGAUUGUUGGAACCCUCUUCGGUGUUGAAACUCUUUCUGGUGUUCUUGCUGGUUCUCUCGUGUCUGGUGUACAGAUCGCUAUUUCUGCAUCCAACACUGGUGGUGCUUGGGACAAUGCCAAGAAAUACAUUGAGGCUGGUGCUUCUGAGCAUGCAGUGUCGCUCGGCCCUAAGGGAUCGGACGCACACAAGGCAGCUGUGAUCGGUGACACCAUUGGUGACCCUCUUAAGGAUACAUCUGGACCAUCACUCAACAUCCUGAUCAAGCUGAUGGCUGUUGAGUCAUUAGUGUUUGCCCCCUUCUUUGCUACCCACGGUGGCUUGCUCUUCAAGAUCUUCUAAAGAUGAUCAACGAAUGCAGGCAACGAAGGGAGGAGUUCGCGGUGAUUUCUCCCCAUUUUGUCGCCUACAAAUUUGGUAGUUUUUAAUUUUAUCGCACAAUUUUUGAACGUCGUUAGAAGGCAAGGCUGAGGGGCUAAACUCCUACUUCACUUUGUAUUGAGGGGGGUAGGAGGUUGACGAUGAUGAUAAUUUGGGUCAGUCUUGGUUAAAUAGAAUUAUAUGGUCAACAAUAUUCUUUUCUUUUUUCUUUUUAUGUACCAACGGGAUUGUAGUAAUCAUUUUGCAAACUUUUUUAGGGCAAAAUCCGGUUUCAAUUUUAGUUUGCAGUCGUCUUUUCCCCCCUGAGAAAGUGUAUGUGUUCAUCGUUUUUCGCCGGAGAGAUUCUGUUGUUGAGCAUUGUUGUUAACACAUAUAUAUCUAAACAGAUUGUUGUCAUCCA